AUGUCAUCUCCUCGGCGUGCUCGUUACGCACGUCAAUCCAAACGAGAGGACCCUGACAUGACCAGUUAUUGGCAGGAGUGCCCCAUAACUAUUCUAUCGGCCUAUCCAAUGGGCCUUAAAUGUACCGUCAUUGAAUUGAGGCGACUCAACGAUAAUGAUAUUCAGCCUCAGUGCCCAGCCUGCAAAUCAGUCUUCUCAACCAAGGCUCCAGAGUAUGACACCACACUACUCCAAGCCAGCCAAGGCUUAGAAGGCUUGGAGCAAAGAAGGGCAGCGCUGUUGGUGCUUUUAAACCAAGGCGGUUUCCCCCCGGUCUUACUGCUUGGUGAGGACGGGAAUAUUAUUGAUGCAAUGAAGAUACUUGGUCUAAAACACAACACCAAGGAUGCGAAGAAUAAGAAGCAGAAGAGUCCUACUGCUCCUGCUGAGGAUGCAUGUAGGGCAGCAGCUACUCCUGAUUCACCAGGCAAGGAAGCCAAGGCGGCUACUCAUGCAGCUGCUCAGAAGCCUGCAUCUUCUUGA